AUGUCUCAAACAGCAUCGUAUACGGCGACCUCCGACCUCACCUUUCUAACCGGAACAAGAACAGAACGACCACCUUUUGAGACUGGUCCUCCUACUGGACCUUAUCAGUCAUAUGGUUCCAAAAUUACACUCACCGGUGCCAGCAGCCGGACUACCGCCGUGACCUCUUCGAGCGGAACGACGACAACUGGUGCCAACUUCACCACUACCGCGUCUCCGACACCCACAAACACGCAGCCCUGCAACAACCAUGUCGAAUUUUGCACUCGAAGGUACAGCAAUAUAACAAAUGUCGGGUGUCAUAACUCGCCCUUUGUUGUGCCGGGAAAUAGCGGUUCCAACCAGGCGGUGGACGUAUUGACUCAGCUGAAUGACGGGAUUCGGUUUCUCCAAGCUCAGAUUCAGUGGCCUCCAAACUCGUCGACUCCUCAUUUUUGCCACACGUCUUGUGACUUGCUAGACGCCGGUCCCAUCUACAAUUGGCUGGGCCGAGUUGCGGGUUGGGUUGAUGCCCACCCAUAUGAUGUCGUAACCAUCUUGCUCGGCAAUGGCAACUACUCGGAUCCCUCGUUAUAUGUCCCCUUCAUAGAACGAUCCGGCAUCACAAAGUAUGUGUACAGUGCGCCAUAUCUUCCCAUGGCCCUCAACGACUGGCCCACUUUGGAGGACAUGAUCAUCCGAGGUAAACGAGUCGUCAUGUUCUUGGAUUAUCAGGCCAACCAAACCAAGUAUCCUUGGCUACUGGACGAAUUCUCCCAGAUGUGGGAGACGCCGUUCGACCCGCAGGAUCGCGCAUUUCCCUGUACGGUGCAGCGUCCGCCUGACUUAUCGAAGAAAGCGGCCAUGGACCGGAUGUAUCUUAUGAAUCAUAAUCUCAACGUCCAGUUUGACGUGUUUGGUGUCCAGCUCCUUGUUCCAGCGGUAUCUCUUCUCAAUGAAACAAACGGCUUCAACGGCACUGGGAGUGCCGGGCUAGCGGCGAACAACUGCCGCUCAGAUUGGGGACGCGCACCAAACGUCAUCAACGUCGACUAUUACAACUAUGGCUCACCGAAGCCUUGUUCGGUAUUCGCCGCCGCCGCCGCGGUGAACAACGUCACCUAUGAUUAUAGCGAGCCUUGCGGCGAGCCUUCUGCGGCAUCACACAGCACUAGAGCCCCAACUCUCUGGGUGAUGUUUGCGACGUUUGCAGUCGUUGCCUUUUGGUGUCAUUAA